CGCGGCACCUUUGUCGAAUACGAGAAGAAGACGGACCGAGCGACAUGGACCACCACCCACCUGCGAUCGUGACAGACGAUGUCAGGGUGUCCAUGGCAGUCUUGCCGACUCCUGCUGGAGACACUCGCUCUGCUGCUGCUACCAUGUCUUUCGCGGGUGCCAGCGGCGCAGCACGGCUUCAAACGGCGUCGUCUCCGAUGGGUAGAGUCGCGUCGCCGCGGACUGCCCGCCUUCUGCGGGACUUGGAAGAAGAGUCGCUUCGAUCGUUGCCGCAGUCUCCACGUCAACAGCCACGCUGGAAGCACAACGUGACGUCUGCCUCCGUUCACAACUCACCCCGUCCCAAACCCGACAUCAAACAGUCUCCUGCUGCAGCCGCGGUCGAAGAAAACUGUUGCUUAAUAUGCAUGGAUGACUUCACCGAACGCAGGCGACCAUACCCCGUACCGUGUGUCGGGUCGUGCACUGGCGCCUUUGUACACUACCGUUGCAUCAUGGCAUGGCUUGGGCAAUCCGGCAGCUGUCCGCUGUGCCGUGGACCGUGCGACGCCCUGGCGAUGGAGCCCACGCAAACGCUCGAUUUCACAGACUUGGCCGCCAUGGUCAUGCGACCUGUUCCGCUCGAUGCAGGCAUCGUGCGAUGCUAUGUGAAGCAAGUCUACCGCGGCUUCUUCAACACGUACGGCUAUGAGCUGUACUUGCAAGGACGAAUUGGUACCGAUGAAAGCGAUCGGUUUUUGCUCGCUUCAAAGAAGCAAAUGCGCAAAAACAUGACGGGCAACUACGGGAUCUACUCGUCGCCGGCGUGCGACGAAGCGUCGCGAGUCGGUCGCAUGGGGUCGAACUUUCUUGGAACAGUUUUCACGCUGUACGACAACGGCCGAGACCCGCAAAAGGUGGCCAAGAUCCGUGACGGGGCGCCUGCUGCCACACCCGAAAGCAACCUCGGACCUGGCGACAAUGUGCUUCAAAUACGAGAGGAACUGGGCUGCUGCACGUAUGAAGCCAACCGCACGAGCGUUGGCCCUCGAAAAAUGCGGGUGCGUGGCGCAUCAUGACAACGUUGUGGCCGACGUUGUAUGGACGAAUGGUGUGUGUGUAGGUGUGCAUUCCUGAUGUAGACGAAGCGGGUCGCCACUCGAAGAUCGUGCGGCCGAUGAGCCAGCGCGACCGCAUCGUCAGCCGCAUGUCGACGGGCGAACUCACGGACCUCGUAAAGUUUGUAAACCGAGAACCCGUGUUCCGAGAAGAUCUCGGCGCGUACUGUUUGGACUUUGGCGGGCGUGUUUCGAUGGCGUCGGUCAAGAAUUUUCAGCUCAUUUCGGCGGACGACCCGUCCAUGGGGAACGUGCUCCAGUUUGGCCGAGUUGCGGACGACAUGUUCACGAUGGACUUUCAAUGGCCAUUGUCGCCGUUCCAAGCGUUUGCGAUAUGCCUGAGCAGCUGCGACACCAAGCUCGCGUGUGUGUAGUCGGCACCUCGACACGUCUGUCCCAACUCAAUCAUCGUCCUAUUGCUAUCGAGUCGUCGGACCCACAGCGUGUGGAGGAGAUGUGAGAGCGCUGCGCGUUGUUUCGCCGGGGCGACGUCG